AAUAAGCAACCGGCGGAAAUGAUUCUACUUGAUUAGUUGAUUUGGGUGCCGUGACUACCACCCAAACCCUCCCUCACCCUUCUCAUCUCUCUUUCCCCCUCUGCCUCCUGCGAGUGCUCCCAAAAGCUGUUUCCGAAACCCUAUAUUACCCGAACCUCCUAAAUUCCACAAUUACCUCAGCUACUCUCCCUUGUGCCUCCUUCUCUCCCUCUCUAUCUCCCUCUUGACUACCUUGGCUUUGUAUCUUCGGAGCUCCAAUCCGGUGUGCGUCGGUGUUUGUUUGUCUAGCUCGAUUGGAUCUUCCUUCUCUCUUUCUCUCUCGCUCUCGCUCUCGCGCGCUCAAUCUCGCGCGCUCAAUCUCGCGACUCAUUAAUGGGGGAAGGCAAGCUCGAUCUUCCGGACGAUCUCAUCUCAUCUAAACCUUCCGAUCACUCCUGGACCUUCAAAGGAGAAGCUGCUGAAGGGAAUGAAGAGGACAGGGCACUUAUGGGGUUGCUUGAUGAGUUGAAAGAUCAGGUGGCAUCAGAAAGUAGCAUACCUCUGUCACCCCAGUGGCUUUAUGCUAAACCAACUGAGCCUAAGAUGGAAAUGCGUGCUCCAACUUCUGCUUCUUUUGGAAACCCUACUGACCCCAACCAUAAAGAGGGCUGGCGUUUGGAUGGAUCUGAGGACAGGAAAGAUUGGAGGAGGACUGUCACUGACAAUGAAAGCAGCCGUCGCUGGCGUGAGGAGGAAAGAGAAACUGGCUUACUCGGUGCUAGAAGAGAUCGCAGGAAGGCCGAACGCCGUGUUGACAAUGCCUCAGUCAGAGAAACAGGUGAAAGUAGAGCAUUGCCUACCUCUGAUCGGUGGCAUGAGGGUCGUACUUCUGGGCAUGAAACACGGCGUGAUAGCAAAUGGUCAUCUAGAUGGGGCCCUGAAGACAAAGAUAAGGAUUCUCGAACUGAGAAGAGGACAGAUGUAGAAAAGGAAGAUGCUCACAGUGACAAUCAAUCUUUUGUUAGCAGCAACCGUUCAGCUUCUGAGCGUGACUCUGAUUCUCGUGAUAAAUGGAGGCCACGCCAUAGAUUGGAGGUUCAUUCUGGUGGUUCAAAUGCCUACCGGGCAGCACCUGGAUUUGGACCUGAGAGAGGACGGGUAGAGGGUUCAAGCUUGGGAUUUACUCUUGGACGAGGAAGGUCAAAUGCUAUUGGGAGAGGUUCAUCAGCAGGUCCCGUUGGUGCAUCUCAUUUUGCCAAAUGUGAAAGUGUCCCUGGGAGACCAAGUGACUCAAUUAUUUCUUUUUUGUACCCAAGGGGAAAGCUUCUUGACAUAUAUCGGAGGCAAAAGCUUGGUCCAUCUUUUACUACCAUGCCAGCUGAGAUGGAGUUACCCCCUAUUACUGAAGUAGGUUUUAUUGAACCAUUGGCUUUUGUCACCCCUGAUGCUGAAGAGGAGGCCAUCCGUGGUGAUAUAUGGAGGGGAAAGAUCACAAGUAGUGGGAUGAUGUACAGUUCAAAUAGGAAGGGAAGAUCGACAGAAAAUUUAACAGAUGCUGAAGAAUUAGACUCAACUGAACAAAAUCAGGGCUUCUUGCCCUCAAUUCUCACUGAAGAGGUUGUUGAUAAUUCACAUGAAGCUGCAAUUGAGGACGUAUAUCAAGCUGAUGAUGGUGGUACCUUAUUGAAAUAUGGCUCACAGAGGAAAAUGGUAGAUGAAAGUAAUGGUGUCCAAGGUGUCUUAGAGAUUGAUGGUACUCAUCAGCAUGGUCCUUCUCUGAUCAAUGUUGGUGAAAGAUGGCAGAUGGCAGACUCUGACUUUACCACACAUGCUCAGUUUGAUGCCAUUAAGUUUCCCACUUCAUUUGAUAUGAGAUCCAAGCUUCCUGUCGAUUCAAGUUCUCUCUUUGUUUUGCCUUCUCCUGAGCAGAAUCAAAGUGGCAGCACUGACAAGAAUGACUUAGAAAGGGUAACCCCACAUGAGGAGUUAAGUUUGUUCUACAUUGAUCCUCAAGGGGUGACCCAGGGACCAUUUGUUGGGGCUGACAUUGUUUUAUGGUUUGAACAAGGAUUUUUUGGGACAGACUUGCUAGUCCGCUUGGCAGAUGCUCCUGAGGGAACACCUUUCCAAGAAUUGGGUAAACUCAUGCCUUAUCUGAAGGUCAACAAUGGAUAUGCCAAUAGCACAGAAACAAACUCUAAGUUAGAGCUAUGUGAAGAGUCAGAGGCUAGUUUAACUGCUCCUGCUUCUAUUUUGAAAAGCAAUUCAUCUGCAGUAAAUGACCUUUGCCAGCCGCUGCCUGAAUUCAAUAGUAUUUCUGCUCAGCAUGUUCCGUCAAGAGUAUCUGAGCCUGAGGUCUCAUUGCAACUGCCUCAUUCUGAGGGUCAACGCUUUCCCAAGUUUAAUACACAAGAAGAAGAAAUUGUGUUUCCGGGAAGACCAGGAAACACUGGAUAUUCUAUUGCGAAAUCUAGUGGGAGCAAUCAUCAUUCUUCCGAAAAUUCUUUCACCCGUCCUUUUCCGAAUGAAUUGACAGAACCUGGACUACCAAAUCAAAAUGAUAAUAAGUUGCAUCCCUUUGGCUUACUCUGGUCUGAACUUGAAGGUCAUACAAAACAUACGAAGCCAUCCAUUCUGUCGAGCAUGGGAAGGGAUGCUCCGUUUGGUGCUAUGGCUGAUCCAGCUCUUCCUACAGAGACAUGGUCUGAUGUUUAUAGAAAAAAUACACUUCCUGACCCCAACUUGUAUCAAGAUGCCAUGGCUGCCCGUCAUUUGUCACUGAUGGAGCAGGAAUCCAACCAUUUUGAUUUAGCAGAGCAGCUUAUGGCACAACAAUUUCAGCAGCAGCAACUCCAACAGAGAAAUUUGUUGUCUCAUGCACAUUUAAAUGAAUCAGUUUUAGAACAUGUGCCUAGUCAGAAUCUUAUACACCACCAACACUUGGCCAACCUUUCUGCACCGGAUCUGGAUCAUCUUAUGACUCUUCAGUUGCAACAGCAACGGCAGAUUCAGCUCCAACAACAUCAUCAAUUGCAGCAACAGCAGCAGUUUCAUCAACAGAAAAAGCUUUUGCAGGAGCAACAGCAAUCUCAAGUCCGGCAGGUGCUUCUUGAACAGUUUUUACGUAGUCAAUUGCACGAUCAAGGGCUUGGGCAGUCACAUGUAGAUCCUAUCAGAGCCAACAAUGUUCUUGAUCAGGUUUUAUUAGAGCAACACCUUCUACACGAACUGCAACAACAGUCUCAUCAUCCUUUAAGGCAUAUUGAUCCAUCUUUAGAUCAACUUAUUCGUGCAAAAUUCAAUCACAUGCCACAACAAGAUCGUCAGAGAGAUUUACUUGAGCUUAUAUCACACACACAGCAUGGACAGAUGCCGUCACUGGAGCAACAGCUUCUUCAACAAGACCAGCUGCAGGCUCGGCAGUUAAUGGGAUUGAGGCAGCGGACAGGCAUCGAGGGGGAGAGGCAUAUGGGUUCCAUAUGGCCAGCAGAUGAAUCUGAUCAGUUUCUCAGCAGUCAUGCUGCUUCUCACCGUGCUCAUUCUUCAGGGUUUGGCCCAUUGGAUGUUUAUCAGCGGCCAUCCCACGAGGAGCAUCUGAAUCAUCUUGAGCGGAAUGUUUCAUUACAGGAGCGCCUUUGGCAAGAGCGCUAUGACCCUGCCUCAAUGCAAUUUGAGCGGUCAAUGUCUUUGCCUGCUGGUGCUCCAGGGAUGAAUCUGGAUGUUCUAGCUAUGGCCCGUGCUCAUGGUUUAGAUAUGCAAGAACCAAGUACACGUAUGCAAUCUAAUGCUCAAGUGGGUACAUAUUCAUCUAGUAUCCACCCUCAUAAUCCCCACCAUCUUUUGGUUCCCAAUCAAUUUCAUGCCUCGCAAUUGGAUGCAAUUGAGGGCCGCUGGCCUGAGAACAAUGAGCAGCUGGAGAAUGACUGGAUGGAAUCUCGGAUUCAACAACUGCAUAUUAAUGCUGAACGACAGAAAAGGGAGUCAGAAGCUAAAAGAACUUCUAAAGAUGCAUCCUUAUGGAUGUCGGAUGGGUUCAAUGAUGAGAAGUCAAAACAAUUGUUGAUGGAACUGCUUCAUCAGAAAUCAGGUCAUCAAUCUACAGAGCCAUUAGAUGCUGGCAAGGAAACAAGGGCACCAUCUGGCCUUUAUUCUGGGUCAGGCUACUCGGAUCACCCAUUCAGUGUUCAUCUAGACGAAGAAGCAUGUCUGACUAAAUCAUUUCAAGUGGGCUCUUAUGGUUCUCAUUCAUUUGAACCACUGCAGGAUGAGCGGGCCAGCAGUGAAACCAUGCCAUUUAGAUCUGAUUCUGGAGCAUUGAUUGAGGGAGAGUCACACUUGGCAGGCAUCAAUGAGAUUGGUCAGGCAAUUUACAAAAACUCUAACAUGAUUGCCAAGUCAUCUACGAGCCACGAGUUCUCAGAAGCUGAUGGGAGGAAGUAUGGGUCCAUAAGUGAGGGUUUGGGGAAGGGUCCGAUUUUCGAGAUUCAAGAAGACAUGGUUGAGCAAGCUGGUUUGUCUGCUCUAGAUCGUGGGGAGAUUUCAUUUAAUGCCCUUUGCAGGCAAUCAUCAAUUGGUGGGAAAACAGGCUUCUACAAUGAUAAGAUUGGAUCUAGUAAUUCAUUUGUGGAGGAAAUCUCUAAGGAGCGGGUGCCUGUUCCAUCCAAAGGGCCAGAGAACAUCUUGCUGAGACGUCCUCCUGUCUCCCACAACUCAUCAUCACAGGAAGGAUUGUCUGAGCUGGUCUCAGAUCCAGUAAUGAGAGGGAAAAUUUCUAUAAGUGGUGCUGCCGAUGGGGGUAGACGAGACCCAGGUGUGAAUUUAGUAAACCAAGGUUCGGACAUCAUGGCAUCCGGCAAGAAAGACAUACUUUUUCGGCGUACUUCUUCUUGCGGAGAUGCUGAUGUUUCGGAGGCAUCAUUUAUAGAUAUGUUGAAGAGUAAUGCCAAAAAGACACUUCCGGCAGAGGCUCAGUCAAUGGCAGGAUUUUCAGAGACAACAGAUGGAACACAAGGGGGACGAAGUGGCAAAAAGAAGGGGAAGAAAGGGAGGCAAAUUGAUCCUGCUCUCCUUGGUUUCAAAGUCACCAGCAAUCGCAUCAUGAUGGGUGAAAUUCAACGCAUAGAGGAUUAGCCCUUUUAAGAUUUGUAUUUUCUUUCUGUUGUGCAUUUUUUAGAAGUUGUAUUCAAAACCCUUGGCAUAAAAUGCUUCUGCCAAGAAAAUUCUUUCAUUCUUACAGGGUGUGCGGUGUAGUGACGGGGUUUAGUUCUGUACAGACUAACAAGGUUUAUAAAGGAAAUCUUCCAUCA